CGCAGAAAGGAGGGGGGGGGGGAAACACGGUUCUUCCAUAAGGGACGGUGACCGGGAGUCCCGUCCGCGCCCCGCAGGUCGUCAUGUUCCGCUACCGUCUAGCCGCGCGAGCGGCUCAGGGCCUCGGGCGGAGGUCGUGUUUUGUGGCGGGGCCAGGCCUCUUCCAGCGAUGGAAGAUUCCCUCAGAAAGACAGCCCUGCAGGCAAAUGACGACCUCAAAUUAUUCAUGGAAGCACAACAAAACACUCUAUACCUCCGUGGCGUUGGGCAUCUUCGCAAUUGGAAAUGCGUUCUAUGCCUACGUGAUUUUGAAGAGGGCUCGACAACGAGAUGUAGACCGUGCAGAGAGGAACGAGCGCAUGGCUAGCCAGAUGAAAUCCCUUUCAGAAGGAGAUUCUUCCUCCCAAGGCACUAAAGCCGCACCGGCAGGUCCUCGUCCAGAAGUCCCGCCCCACGUUCCUUUCCUGCUGAUCGGGGGAGGCACCACCGCAUUUGCUGCUGCCAGAUCCAUCCGGGCUCGAGAUCCUGCAGCUCGUGUGUUAAUUGUGUCUGAAGACCCUGAGCUUCCCUACAUGCGCCCUCCUCUCUCCAAGGAGCUUUGGUUUUCGGAAGAUGCGGAUGUGACGGAAACUCUGCGGUUCAAGCAAUGGAAUGGCAAGGAGCGGAGCGUGUACUUUCAGCCCCCUUCUUUCUACAUAUCCCCUCGCGACCUGAUGUUUGUAGAGAAUGGUGGCGUAGCCGUCCUCAGCGGAAGGAAGGUGGUCCACAUGGAUGUCCGAGGCAACACGGUGAAACUUGACAAUGGCCUGCAGAUUGCCUACGACAAAUGCUUAAUUGCUACAGGUGGUUCUCCAAGGAGCCUUCCUGUGCUUGAGAGGGGAGGUCAAGAGGUGCAAAAGAGGCUCACGCUCUUCAGGAAGAUUGAGGAUUUCCGUUCACUAGAGAAAAUUUCCAGAGAAGUCAAAUCAAUCACCAUUAUUGGUGGUGGUUUCCUAGGGAGUGAGUUGGCCUGUGCUUUGGGGCGAAAAGCGCAGUCGAAGGGCCUUGAGGUCAUCCAAAUGUUCCCAGAGAAUGGCAAUAUGGGCAGAGUCCUUCCUGAAUACCUGAGCAACUGGACCACCAACAAAGUUAAGCAAGAGGGGGUCGACGUGAUUCCCAACGCCGUGGUGAAGUCGGUAUCUUUAGCCGGGGAUCGGCUGCUCAUAGAGUUGAAGGAUGGGAGGAAAGUGGAGACGGAUCACAUUGUGGCAGCUGUGGGCUUGGAGCCCAACGUGGAGCUGGCAAAGUCGUCCGGCUUGGAAGUCGAUUCCGACUUUGGGGGCUUUAGAGUGAACGCUGAGCUACAGGCCCGCUCCAAUAUCUGGGUGGCAGGAGAUGCUGCGUGUUUUUAUGACAUUAAGUUGGGCCGGAGGCGAGUGGAGCACCACGAUCACGCGGUUGUGAGCGGAAGGCUGGCGGGAGAAAACAUGACGGGAGCAUCAAAGCCGUAUUGGCACCAGUCCAUGUUUUGGAGCGACCUAGGCCCAGAUGUUGGAUACGAAGCUAUUGGCCUUGUGGACAGCGGCUUGCCCACCGUGGGGGUGUUUGCUAAAGGGACAGCAAAGGACACUCCAAAAUCUGCCACAGAGGAAUCAGGUUAA